UCCUCCUGUCGGGAGGCCGGUGCUGUUGUCGCUGGUGUGGUUCUUGGGAAGCGCUCACUUGGGCUAGAGCAGCCGGGCAUGGAGGGCGAUGCCGAAGCGGUGGCGGGACCCGACCCGGAACUGGCCGCCACGAUGGGCUUCUCAGGCUUUGGAAAGAAAGCACGGACAUUUGACUUCAAUGCAAUGUUUGAACAAACUCGAAGAACUGCUGUGGAAAGAAGUAGGAAGAUUCUGGAAGAACGUGAAAAAGAAGCAGCUGAGAAAGAACUUGGAUGCCAGCAUGAAGCUGCAGCAGCUACAGACUCACAUCCCAUGGCAAGAACCUCUUCUCGAGAUUCAGAUAGCAGUGAAAGUAAGGAGAGUUCAGAUGAAGAGCUGAUUGGACCCCCGCUGCCUCACCAAGGAUCUGCAGAGGAUUCUGAUAAUGAACUCAUCGGGCCUCCACUUCCUCCAGGGUACAAGGGCAGUGAAGAAGAGGAAGAUGAGGAUGAUGAGGAUGAGAACAUUCAGGAAGAAGAGGAGGAUCCUGUGAAGAAAAUUCCUGACUCACAUGAAAUUACAUUGCAUCAUGGAACAAAAACAGUCUCUGCUUUAGGAUUGGAUCCUUCAGGUGCCCGUUUAAUAACUGGAGGCUACGACUAUGAUGUCAGAUUUUGGGAUUUUGCUGGGAUGGAUGCAUCUCUUCAAGCUUUUCGAUCUCUGCAACCAUGUGAAUGUCACCAGAUAAAGUCUCUCCAGUAUAGCAGCACAGGAGAUGUAAUUCUUGUUGUUGCGGGCAAUUCCCAAGCCAAGGUGCUUGACAGAGAUGGCUUCCCUGUAAUGGAGUGUGUAAAAGGAGACCAGUACAUCGUAGACAUGGCGAACACCAAGGGGCACACAGCAAUGCUUAACACAGGCUGUUGGCAUCCCAAAAUAAAGGAGGAGUUUUUGACGUGUUCCAAUGAUGGGACUGUGAGAACAUGGGAUGUUAACAAUGACAAAAAACACAAAGGUGUGUUUAAACCACGCUCAGCUCAAGGGAAACGUGUGAUUCCAACGAGCUGCACAUACAGCAGAGAUGGGAAGCUCAUUGCAGCUGGCUGCCAGGAUGGGUCCAUCCAGAUCUGGGACAGGAAUAUAAAUGUUCAUACCAAGUUCCACUGCAGGCAGGCACAUGCUCCAGGCAGUGAUACUUCAUGCUUGACAUUUUCCUAUGAUGGCACAAUUCUUGCCAGUCGCGGAGGUGAUGAUACUUUAAAAACAUGGGAUAUCAGGCACUUUAAAACACCUCUAAAUUCAGUGGCCGGUCUCCCUACCUUCUUCCCCAUGACUGAUUGCUGUUUCAGCCCAGAUGAUAAACUACUUGUUACUGGUACUUCUGUUAAGAAAGGACACGGCAAUGGAAAACUUCUUUUUUUUGAGCGGGAGUCAUUUAAGAAAGUAUAUGAAAUAGACGUCACAGAUGCAAGUGUUGUCCGUUGCCUCUGGCAUCCAAAGCUGAACCAAAUUAUGGUUGGUACAGGGAAUGGAUUAGCUAAGGUCUACUAUGAUCCCCUCAAGAGCCAAAGGGGAGCAAAAUUAUGUGUUGUAAAGACAAAAAGAAAAGAGAGACAAGCAGAGACACUCACACAGGACUAUAUCAUAACACCUCAUGCUCUUCCAAUGUUUCGUGAACCUCGGCAGCGAAGUACAAGAAAGCAGUUGGAAAAGGAUAGAUUGGAUCCCAUGAAAUCUCACAAACCUGAACCUCCAGUAGCAGGACCAGGUCGCGGUGGCCGUGUUGGAACUCAUGGUGGUACUUUGUCUUCGUACAUAGUCAAGAAUAUUGCACUGGAUAAGACUGAUGAUAGCAACCCUCGGGAGGCCAUUUUACGGCACGCAAAGGAAGCGGAGGAGAGCCCAUACUGGGUUGCUCCAGCGUACUCUAAGACCCAGCCAAAAGCAGUUUUUGCAGAAGUGGAAUCAGACGAAGAUGAAACGGAUGACAAGCCAGAGUGGAAAAAACGUAAAAUUUGACGAAUUCAAAUUGAAGGAGCCUCAUAAGGGAUUUGGGACAAAGUUGAACUCUUUUUCCUUCUGCAAGAGAAGUCACAUUUCUUCAAGCAAAAUUACUUUCAUGCUUUGGGCUAUUUACAGCAUACGAACAACUAUAAUUGCCAUAAAUCGAAGGACAAUUAUUUAGCAUUAAGUCUGCAAUUUGGAAAGAAGGCUAAGUUCAUAAUAAAAGUUUAUUUUCAAACUUUGGUGACGGUGUUUUUGUCUGUUUAUUAUUCUAAAUUAUCUUUGAUAUAAAAGAAAACUGAUGUUACACAUUUAUCUUAGCUCUUGUAACUUUUCAGGUGAAGAUAUUGGGAAACAGGAUACUUGCAAGUAUUGACAGUAACACCCAGAACUGUUUUAAGUUCCAUAUUUACAUUUAUUUUUAAUAUAAUAUCUAUUUUGUAAUGUAUGUUUGUGUUGUGCAUUGCAAAUUGUACAAAAACUUAUACUAUUGACAAAUGCAUUUAUUUUCAGCUAUCUAUAACAGAAGUGAAUAUUUCUAACAGAUGUCUUUAAAAGAAAUUGAGAGUCUCUUUCUAACUGUGUACAACAGAUUUUUUAAAGGUGGAUUGUUCUCUUGUUCUAGAAGGCAAAUGCCAUCUUGCUGUCUAUGCUUUCCUUAAUCAAUAGGCACAUGACUUUGUCCUAAUUUUGUAUAUAUUUGCAGGUAACAUUAAGCUUUGGCAUACGCUAGCAGCUUCUAAAAUACAAAAAUACAAUUUUUAACACUCA